GGACUUCGAAAAAGAGGAAGGGGAGCCACCUCGACGGGCAAGCCGUUUGCUGAGCAUGGCGGCGGCGGCGGCGGCGGCAGAGAGCGAAGGGAGCGCGAGGCGGAAGAUGUCGCUGCGAAGGUGUGUGUGCGCGAGGCGGGGAGGAAUGUCUCCUUGGCCUCUUUCCCCACUGCCCUCCUGCCCCAGAGUUAUUAAUAUUAGGUUGGCUUGGGAGGCGGGAGGAAAGCGGGAAAGGGGGGGGGGGAGUCCGACACACGUGUCCACACAUUCACACGCGCACCCUGGAGGCGACGCGGGGCGCGCGCGCAAAGCCAGAGGGUUCCUCGCGGCGUUGAGAGAAACGUGUCUGGAAGGACUGGAAGGCGAGCAAAGUUAACAGGAUAAUAUUUAAGGAGCACCGUUAUUAUUAUUAUUAGUAGUAGUAGUAGUAGUGUGUGUGUAUAAUAAAAUAAAAUUUAUCAUAUAUAUUAUUAUUAUUAUUAUUAUUAUGUGGGGGCGGGGGCAAUAUGUUGUGAUGUCCUUGCAGGCAGCGGAUUGUAGUUUUCCAGAAGUUUUCUUCUGUGGAAGAUAAUCUGGGGCUAAAUUAGCUUUUCUCUUAACUUUGGGUCAAGGCAACUUAUUUUAAAAGGGAUACCAAAUAGCCGUGCGCUGCUCUGGUUUGCCUGAGCAUGCUGGCCACAUGACGCGGAAGCUGUAGGACGGCUCCCUCGGCCAGUAAAGUGAGAUGAGCGCCGCAACCCCAGAGUCGGCCACGACUGGACCUAAUGGUCAGGGGUCCCUUUACCAUUACCAGAUAGCCCACGCCUUUCUUAAUAUGGAUUUAAAAAACAACAACACCUUAUUUGUUACUUAUUUCUUAAAUGUGUACGAUGUAACGAUACAUCGCCCAGGACCGGUUUGAGGGUCAGAGCGUGGUGGCAUUUUCUCCUGACGGUAAGUAUAUCAAAGGUAUAGGGCUUGUCUGAGCCUGACUCCCUCUGCCACCAGUGCCUGGCAUGUGGAGGGAAGACCCAAGCUGUAUUGGCCCCGGUCCCGCAAGGCCCUGGGGUGAAACCACCGUUGUUUCUGAGGUGGUCUAUGCUCAAACAAUGCAUGAUCUAUGCUCAAACAAUGCGUGAUUUUUGUGUAUUUUGACUUGUUCCAUAUCGAGUACAAUAAAGUAGACAGCACUAACUAAGACACUUAAGUCUUUUUUCUCUGUCAGGAGAGGAAAAAAAUGGCAGCCCCAAUCCAAAGUCCCAGAGUUAUUAGCUCACUGUUGCCUUUUGGCUGAUCUGUAAACCAUUUCCUCGAAUUUACUGUGUUAAACCAUAGCCUGGGUCAGUCUGACCUAGCAUUUAAAUUUAAUUUCUAAAAAUGUUUUUGCAAGAAAAAGAGGGACAGCAGUUAAACCAGAAGUUGAGAUGACUGCGCGUAAAUAAGGUCAUUGUGCUCUGAUGGGAGUAUGUGAAGAACUUUGUGGAUCAUAGAUACUUCUUGUGAUCGGGCACAUUCUCUCCCCAAAGGAUUCAUUUCAGAGCACACAUGCUCUGAUCAGACUUUCCCCCCCACUAAAAUAGGAACUCUGAUAUAAAAUCACUGACUUUGCUAUUAAGAUGUUACCAUCAUCCAUCAUAGGGCAGGAAGAUCACUUGCUAAUGAAUAGAAGAGGAGAAGUAAAAAGCAAGUGCAAGCUUGGUGUUGGGGAAAUACCUGUCCAACCUUUUCAGAAUAGUGGCCGCUCAUUAGAGGAGCGUUAGUUCAUGUUUUGUUGUUUCUGACUGAAGGCUCUGAGCUACUCAUAUUACUUGUGUCUGAAUCGCAGAGCCUUUUGCUGGAAGCAUAUUGAUACUACUUAAUCCUUGUUAUUGAGAGAUGUUCUAGGCCACUAAUAUAAGAUGGGUUCUUAAAUACUAUUUGUAUGCAACAAAAACAUUCUGGAUACACACACAUACAUACACACACACACACACACACACACAAUGGUACCUUGGGUUAAGAACUUAAUUCGUUCUGGAGGUCAAUUCGUAACCUGAAACUGUUCUUAACCUGAGGUACCACUUUAGAUAAUGGGGCCUCCUGCUGCCGCCACCCAAUUUCUGUUCUCAUCCUGAAGCAAAGUUCUUAACCUGAGGUACUAUUUCUGGGUUAGCGGAGUCUGUAACCUGAAGCGUCUGUAACCCGAGGUACCACUGUGUGUACACACACACACACACACACACACACACUUACCAAAUACAUCUAUUGCUUUUACUGCUUAUUAGCAUGAAGGGACGCUUACUCAAAAUGGUGCUUUAGCACUCACCCAUGUUGUUCCAAUGUAAAGAUGCCCCUUCAUUUUUCUCUCCUUUCAGUUGUGAAAUCUGCAAUACAGAAGAAGCAAAAUAUCGAUGCCCCCGUUGUAUGAAAUACUCAUGCAGGUAGAUAUAAACUGAUGGGCAUCCCUUGCUUAUAUUUUUCUUAUGUACUGAAAAGGGAGUGACAAGAUUGCUUUGCUUUCUCUGUGUGCUUUCAGUUUGGCUUGCGUGAAGCAACAUAAGACUGCAUUCAGUUGUAAUGGAGUAAGAGAAAAGACAGCAUUCGUUUCCAUAAAUGAGUUCAGUGAUUUAAAUCUUCUAAGUGGUAAGAGAGUCUCUAAAAAUCUCAAUUGUUCUAAAGCCCCAGGGUGUUAUUGCGAUGGGUGGGUAUGGAGGAGGCAGUGUUCUACACCUACAGUGUUCUAUACCUACCAUUGCCGUAUUUUUCGCUCCAUAAGACACACUUUUUUCUUCCUAAAAAGUAAGGGGAAAUGUCUGAGCAAAUGUGUGGUCCCUGGAGCCGAAUUGCCCAGGGGCAAAAAGCAGUGCAUGCCUUUUUUUUUUUUUUUUUGAAAGAGGGAAGUGGGUGUUGAAACAAAGCCGCUGAUCGUUUGCCAGGGAGAGAGAUAAGGGACGCUAGAGAUAAAGGAGGCUGCCUGGGAGGGGGGAGGUAAAGACAGCAAACUUGCAAAGGUGGGAAACAGGAAAACUAAAGCAAUAAGGAGAGAAAUUAGAAGAAAAGGAGGAGCAAAAAACUUCUCCAGCUAAAGAAAAGACACUAAGGCAAACAAGAGGGAAGGGAGUGUUGAAAGGAAACAGCUGAUCGGUGGGAUCGGAAGAGGAGGCUGCCUGGGAGUGGGGAGGUAAAAGCCCGUGGAUUAUCAGGAUUUUUACAUUGGGUCGCCCCAAAUUCACCAUCAGAUCACAUGUCUGUGGCCACAGCAUGAACCACAAAAAUCAUACAUCCACUGUUUCGUUCAGAAUAUUUUUUUUCUUGUUUUCCUCCUCUAAAAACUAGGUGCGUCUUAUGGGCAGGUGCGUCUUAUGGUGCAAAAAUACGGUAUAUAGCGUUGGAGUUUCCUAUCUGCAUUGCCAGCAGGCACAAGGCCUUGGGUGGCACUACUGAAGUAAUAAUGCAAUCCUUAGUGUGUUUACAUAUAAAUAAGUUGCUUUGAACUCAGGGUUUAGGACUGCAGCCUAAGUAUAGCCACCAUCAGCAAAUGUAUAGUUGCACAAAGCUGUUAAAUGGCACAUUAAAUACAGCUUGUGGGGUGAAUGAAUGAAAACAGGUCCUUCUGCUCCUUACUACCCUACAAACUUUGUCCACCUUAGAGAAAUCUGGCCCUGUAUGAAGCAAGUGAGUAAUGCACAGUAGGUAAGUAGUUAGGAUGGUAUUAGCACAGGCAUUUAUUUCAUUUAAAACAUUUUUGUCCUGCCUUGCUGCUUCAGAUAUGGUGGUUCACAUUUUUAAAACCCCAUCAAUAAUAUCACAUAUUUAAGCUUUAGAAAGCACAGCAAACAAAUGACAAAUUUUCAAUGCACACCCUCUCUUAACCCAUCACUUUCAUAUGAUCCCUUAAGAAACACGUUGUAAAGGGUAUUGGGAGCUAAUUUCAUUUGAGCCUUUCCCCCGUUGCCCUUCUCAAUUUCAGAUUACAGGUUUCUGGAAGAUGUCGGAAGAACGGCUGAUGGCGCUGCUCGAGACGACACUUCACAUAGACCAAAAAGCAAUAAAUUUGUAAGUCUUUGUAGCUCCCUUGAGCAUACUACAGAAAACAAAUGUUCAUUGCCUUUUUUAAAAACAAAAGGGUGGUAUUAGAAACUUAAAUGACAAAUACCAGAUGGGGGUGGAAGGAAGAAUUUGAUUCAGUCACAGUAGUUGCUUAUUAUCCUUCAAACUGAGAAACAUACUGAACCAGAUUCAAAAAGUGAUCCCUCUAAUUGAAGGUUAAUGCUUUAAAGAAAUUUGUCAAAGAAAAUCACUUAAGUACAAAUUAUACACAAAUGUGUGUAUUUAACACACACACACACACCUGAUGUGUCCAAAGGUUUGUGUUCAUUUAAAAACCCACAAGAACAACAAAAAUGAUAUCCAGCUGUUUUGAGCAGAGAAAUGCAUGGGGAAAAGAUUUAAGUGCCCCCUUUCCCCAUUGCUUCUUCACUUUCAGUCACCCCUAUUGGUAGCAGAUUUUCUAAAAGCAAAGUAAAGAAACAAAACCUCAUUAACUCAGAGGAUGCAUUUUUUAAAAACCCAUCUCUUCUGAAUUUAGUCAUUUGUAAACGUAGCGAUAUUAAUUGGUGACAGGGAUUAAUUUUGUUUGUAGUCAGACAGUUGGGCUGCUUUUCUGUGUGUCAACAUGCUCUCCCCGCCCCCCAUAGUAGCCAAGGUGUUGUCCUCCAGAUCUUGCUGUAUUUUAAAAGGUUGGAGAGAUUGGCCAGAUAGAAUGGCAUCUCAAGCCAGCUUUUGUAGAACAGUGGCUUCUUCCAUUCCGCCCCCUCCCCUGUCCACCUUGGUAAGUUACAUUAAGUUUAGUAGGGGUUUGGGGGACUGUUCACUUUCCCUCUCUUCCCAAGCGUGCCUCCCCAUCUGGAUCUCUGCAGCAGCAAAGUAGCCCCAAGGAAACCUCAUUUGGAGACUGGUCCAAAAUGAGCUGUGCACCUGGGUUGGCCAAAUAUAGAUGGCCUGUGGUUGACAAGGACAAAUGUGCAGGUUUGGGGAGUGUGAUACAUACGGUACAUCCAUCUACCCUCAAAGUGGAGAGCAGCCUUUGGACAUUAUAAUGUAAUCUAAUGACAUUAUUCAUUUAGUUCCUUUUGACACUUAAAGGUUGUAUGAUACAAUGAGAGAUUGUGUUGUUCACACUUAGUUUUCCUCCAGAGAUAACACAUUUAGUGAGUAAUGCCACGCUAACUCCACUAUCAAGAUCAUCUCAGUCUUGUGCUUUCAGAAACAGCACUAAUAACUCUUUUUAAUAGCAGUUUUAAAAUAUUUGUCCUUCAAGUCAGAUUGAAAAGAAUUUGAGGAACGAAACUACAGCAUUUGCCUGUAUUAGCGGGAACAAGAUCCAAUCCAGCUUAUUACAUUAUGUCCUGAUAGCUUGAUAAUGUCUAAAUUUUAUGGGUUGGAUCAGGGAACUGAGUUUCAUGGGUCUAAAAGAGCGCAGGAACAAUUUUGGUAAAAACUUUCUUUACUCAUUUAGAAGGAAUGUGCCCACGUUUCUAUCCCGUGAAACUGCAACGUGAAAGAAUCUCAUCUCAGCCUCUUGGUUGCUAGAGGGUCGGAACAUUUUUAUUUGUUUAUUUUUAUUUAACAGAACUUAUAUACCACUAGAUUGGUAUAUGUGGCUUACAUAAAUAUGAAACAUUAAAAUUAUUGCUAAAGACAAGUCUUUAAAAAUAUGCAGAAGGUGAUUAAAAUAUACAGUAUCUGAAAAGAAAUAGAACACAUGUAACACAUAAGCUUAGGUGUGUUCCUGGGUGCUUGUUUUUGCUUUAACAAAAUCACAUUACUACUUAGCAUUGUAUUUGCAGUACAUGAUUUGCAGUACCAUAUCAGUAUUGUAGCUGUUAUAGAGUGCAUAUACUGUGCAUUGUGGAAUAGAGUUUUAGUUAUUAAUGGGCCCAAGUGUUGAAUAUAAUGAGUAAUAUCCCGGAACACUGCAGAACGUCUGCAACCUUUGACACCACAGAAGACUGCUUUACUGUGCUUCCUGUAACCGUUUACUAAUAAACAUGGGCAUUUAAAUUUCUGUUCCUCACAUGAGAAAUAUGGGAGUGGGAUUCAAAGGUAAUGCCAGCGGAAAACAUUUGCCCAAUUUAGAAAUUGCCUAUCUUCUCUGCCCACUCAUCUGUGAGAGGGUGUCACUGAGCCAAGGUGAGAAAAAGUAUUUCCUCUCUCUCUCUCCCUCUCUCCAUUUGGUCACACAGGUAGAUUACUUUCUAGCACAAAUACGCCGUGAUGGGAAAUGCCACCUGUUGAAUUACUUCCUGCUGGGUUACUGUUAAGGAAGAAGAACCCUGCAAAGGGAGGGAAAUUGGCAACUUGCCACUCUCAACCUGGCUGUACACUUAAGAAUUUGUGGUGCUAUGAGAGAAGCAUUUUGUACACCAAUAUACACUAUAGAAUUGUUGCUGGUAACAAAAUUAUAACAUAUAGAAUGUAUAUAUGCAUGCACACCUUAGCAAAUGUCUUCAGAGUUGUGAUAAGACCUGGAGGCUGUAAUAUGUGGUUGUUGGUAUCUGAAUUUAAAGCAGGAGGAUCUCAUAUCGUGGUCUGGAUUAUUAAUGCAGAAGUAAUAGUUUUUAUUUUAGUUGUGUAUAAAACCAAUCAAACACCUUCUGAAUCUUAAGGGGACAGCAUGGGUGAAAUUUGUUUUAGAGUUCUGAUGUAUUAUUUAUACAGUAAUACAUAAAUAGUUCUUCAUCAAAUAAUGGCAUUUAUGUGCUACUAAAAAUGUACAUUGAUAGGCCUUUAAACUACAGCUUUAAGUAUAAUUAUGCUUUUAGCUACAUCUUACUGAGACAUAAAUCCAAAUGAAAUUGAUGGGAUUUACUUCCAGCUAUAUAUUUAUUUUAUAUUAAGCCAUUAAUGAGAGCAACUACUUGUGUAGCUUGUGAAUUGAACUUUUGGUUAUUUAUCUGAUCUCUGUAAAGACUACUAUACUAAAAUAGUACAGUGGUACCUUGGGUUACAUACGCUUCAGGUUACAGACUCCACUAACCCAGAAAUCGUGCCUCAGGUUAAGAACUUUGCUUCAGGAUGAGAACAGAAAUCGUGCUCCGGCGGUGCGGCGGCAGCAGGAGGCCCCAUUAGCUAAAGUGGUGCUUCAGGUUAAGAACAGUUUCAAGUUAAGAACGGAUCUCCGGAAUGAAUUAAGUACUUAACCCGAGGUACCACUGUAUAAAUCAAUAAUAAUAUUAACCCCUGAAAAUUAAGCCCAACACCUAUCUGAGCCAGGAGGGUUUAGGUCCUCAGGUAGAAAUUGUACUUGCCUCUCACUCAGCUCUUUCGCCACUGCUCUCUUUCAUUGGCUGUGUUUGGAUGUAAUGUUAAACCACAGUUUAGUGUUUCACAAACAAGCUGCAUUGGGCCUUGGACUCAAACAUUCCACCCUCUCUUCCUUUGGUAUAUCUGUAAGGAGGAGACCAGAAGUUUCCCCUUCUGUUUUAAAUUAACUACAGAUAUGCAAACCUAGAUAAACAGUGGUUAAUCUUAACUAUGCUUUGUUGAAACAAGCCAGCUUCAUAAACUGGUUUGCAUUUGGGUUGUUUCAGUAAACAAUCAUUACAAUAAGCUAUGUUUCAUCCAUGUUCAGGUAUCUCAACAAGCAACAGUAAAUCAAAAACCAAAGCAGCAGUUUCCAAACUUCUCCUUUUUUUAAAAAAAAAAAUAUAUUUAUUAAAAUUUCAAAGAAUACAAGAAUUACACAAAAACAAAAAGUAAAAAUACAAGAAAAUACAAAAUACAGAAAAGAGAAUACAUGAAAAAUAAAAAGGAACAUACAUAAUAAAAACAAUUAAAAACACAUUAAUUUUCCCUAGCAUAUCCUCCUUACACUUAUUUCCCCGGACCUCCUCGUACCUCCCUUUUUUGUAUUCCAGUUCAGUUUGUUAGUUCAGCAAAUCCUUACCAUUAAGCUUUUACCCAUUUGUGAACCUUUUUUUCAUAUCUCUUAAAGCAUUACAGCUGGAAACCACUUAGUUUCUAUCCAACAUCCUUCUAAAAUUCAUUAAUUUUAUAAUAUUUCUGUAAAUAGUCUUUAAGUUUCCAAACUUCUCCUUAUGGUCACAGCAUGCAAGUGCAAAGCUUACUGCAGCUCAUUCUUGUAACACUUAGUAAACCAUGGCUUAGCAUUGCAUAAAAGCAAGACCAUUAGCCUGGACUUUGAAAUUGUCAGUAAUUAUUUUUUCUGUCUUUUGAAACACUCAAUCAGGUGAAUUUUUUGAGAAACCGAGCUCGAAGGUACGACAUCUGCCUACGAACUUUGCCAAUUGGAUUCACAAAGAGACGAGAGAAUUCUACGUUCUUUAACAACAAGUAAGUUUCUAGUUAAUAUUACUGUGGGGAUAAUGUCAUCAAAGGUUGUCAUUCUGAAUAACUUGCGGCCCACCAAGUUAAAGCUAGACCGCCAGUCAGAAAGGGUGACUUGACCAGAAACUCAAUGAUACCUGUUGAAAGGUCCCAUGUUAUACAGAUAAUAAUAAUAUAAUAAUAAUUUAUUAUUUAUACCCCGCCCAUCUGGCUGAGUUUCCCCAGCCACUCUGGGCGGCUCCCAAUCAAGUGUUAAAAACAGUACAGCGUUACAUAUUAAAAACUUCCCUGAACAGGGCUGCCUUAAGAUGUCUUCUGAAUGUCAGGUAAUUGUUUAUCUCUCUGACAUCUGAUGGGAGGGCGUUCCACAGGGUGGGUGCCACUACCGAGAAGGCCCUCUGUCUGGUUCCCUGUAGCCUCACUUCUUGCAAUGAGGGAACCGCCAGAAGGCCCUCGGCGCUGGAUCUCAGUGUCCGGGCUGAACGAUGGGGGUGGAGACGCUCCUUCAGAUCUGUUCUAAAUGUCAUUCUCAUGCAUUAAAUUUAAGCCUAUACGUCACAAUUUAGUAUUAAGCCCACUGAAAUAAAAAGGCUUCUGUAUGCUUAACUUUGUGCUUGAUUUUAGCCCGUGGUAUUUUCAAGAUUUUUUUCUUUAAUUAAUUCCUUUACUGUGUGCUAAACUUAUGCCAUGGUGAUAGUUGGACAAUAGGAACAAUCCCUUGAUGGAUAUUUAGGUUAUAUAAACAAUAUAGUUGACAUUAAUGCAAUGUCUUCACCAAACAGUUUCCGUACAUUCUAAUGAAUAUUUGAUGAAGCAAAAUUUUGAUGGAGGGAGUAGAAAAUAACUUGCAUUUCUUCUUUUUGGGAGAAUAUAGGGUAGGAUUCACCUAAGUAACCCCAUCAACUUAAGCCCGGGACAAAGACUUCUGCUUGCACAAUGGGACUCCGCACCCACUUUCUCUCCUCCCUUGCAGUUGGCUCCAGGGGAUGUCCAAAGAACCCUGCAUUAACAGUGUGCCUGGGGAGGGGAGAGGGGGCUCAUUCCAUCUGCAAGCUGAAGUUGAACAUUGAAUUCCAUCCCAUAGUAUUUCUGAACUACAAUGCACAUUUUAGGAAAUACUGGGAUUUUUCAAAAGGAUGUGAAUUGGGCAGCAUGUUAAUUGUCAAGUGAAAUUAGAAAUAUUCUUUCAGUAACAUAAUGCACCUACAGUUGGUAGAGCAUGAGGCUCUUAAUCUCUGGGACGUGGCUUCAGAUGUCCUUUACUUUGCAAUAUUUUUGUUUUGUUCUGUAUGGGGCAAUCAAGAAUUUUGGGACCAUUUAAUGAAUCCACUUGUGUUUCUGUUAGUGGUAGGUGGAGGCUUUCUGUUUACUAGUGACCAGGUACUUAUGGAUCACUUGUUUAUGUGUGUGGUUAUGCCAAAGGAAUUGUUUUUGUUUCUGGCAAACAGAAAGUCCUCAGAAAACAAUGAUAGAAAUGGAAGGUGAGAAGCCCUAGAGUAAUAACUUGGAAGGAACACUAUAAAAUCAUCUCUCAUUGACAGAUAGUGAUGGAGGGGAAAUGUGACGUUUCGCUAUAAACCAGUAGAUGUCUCUCUUGCAGCAUAUUAGCAAACAGAUUCUCCAACACUGAUGUGCUUGCAAGGAGUAAUUAUGAAACCAGCCCAAAUAGUUCUCUAUUGAGCAUGUAUUUUCUGAACUAAGCAGCAAAGUAUCACAGGAAUUUGCAAAAAAGUUACCUAACACUUACGUCUAGGAUAUAAAAGAUAGUGCCUGUAUGCAGCUUUGCAAAGCAAAUGCAUUUUUUCUUUCUUCCAAAAAAUACAAUGCUGCAUCUUUUCUUCCUAGCAACAGGACUCAAAUAAUUAUUAAGUCUGACAACCUUUUAGCUUGCAGCAAUUUUACCCUAAGUAAAUCCAGAAAACCAUUUGGCCAGUAAUAAUUUACAAUGAUGUGCAUGUAACUUAUUGGUAUGUGCAGUUGUUGUUGUUUUUAAUAAGCUACCCACCCUUCCUGCAAGGAGUUCCCUGUUUCCUCCAUCCCAUUUUAUCCUCACAUCAACUCAGUGAGGUAGGUUAAGCUAAGAGAUAAUGACAGGCACAAGGUCACCUAAUGAACUUCAUGGAUGAGUGGGGAUUUGAACCUGGGUUUCCUUAACAUUUUUACCAGCGCUCUGCACUAUAACACUCUACUAUGUAUGGUUCUGUUUGGGUCACCAUUCCAAGGCAGGAAAAAAUUGCAGGUGCCUGGCUGGUAUUUGGGUAGCAAAAAAAUUGGGAAUAUUCUUUCAAAUGUAGAAUGAGGUUCCAAAAACUGAUGUUGACCCCUUAACAUAAGGCUGCCAAAAAUAUAAAAUAUUUCCAAGCCUUAGUUCGGGGUGGAGAACUGGAACCUGCCAGCAGGCUUGAUCCUUAUGUUCCCCACCAGAGUGGGCCAAUGUUGACAGGUGCAUAGGACUGCCAGCAUGUCACUCACCCUGCAUCAUAAUGUGAUCAGGUAACUGACACCUGACACAGAUCAAAGGAGGUAGUUGUAAACCCCAGUCAGUUGGUUGUCAAUUAGACCAACCUCCUUUGAAGAUGCAUUUUCAACUGCAAUCAGCUGAUUGGCACUGGGAACAGUCUUUCAAAAAGGCUUACUUUAAAUUUUCAUCCCUUGAACUGAUGGUCGGUUAGGGGAAACCACUUUGAAGUCCCUGCAGAGGGGGAAAUGCUUCUUUUAAAAACUGCAUCCCCCCUGCCCUGAAAGCUUGCAAAACACCUAGGGCAGUACGUCCAAAGCACCAAGUUCAGCUGAUUGUCAGAUGCUUUGGAAGUGCUGUUCAAGGGGCUUGCAAGAACCUCUGGUGAGCUGGUUGGUAGUGCCUGCAAAGCCCUUUGCAUCCAAGACCUGCCCCUUCAGCUGUAAUGCACAUUGUCAUGGCUUGGUCAAAAUGGCCUUGUGGGACAAGUGUGAAGGCCUGAUGGUUUGGCAUGUGGGCCAGAGCCUCCCUGCCUUUUAGAUUAUAUCACUCCCCAGCUGUAGGGCAUAUAGACUAGGCAGAUCAGAUCAUGUUUUUGUCUAGAAUUAAGGUACAUUGGGUACAUUGAUAUUUCUUGCAUACACUUCGAACCAUUUUUGUUCUGCCUCUAACAAAAAUAGAUUUAGCUUGGCCACAAGCUGUAAGCCAGUAUUGUCAUGGUCUCUGUUCAUUUGGGUUUCUCCUCCAGUCAGCAGAAUGCAGACAAAAUACUAUCAACAGCAGCCAUUUAAAAACACGUUCAUUAUGCUACCCAUGUAGUGUAAAUCAAGCAGUACAGGUGCGAAGCAAUCAGGGGAAACAAAAACAUGUAAAGUGUAGCUUUAAAAUGCAUUAUUCAGUGGUUGUCAAGCCAUGAUGUCUUGACACAAUGAUGCUUGAACUCAUGUUUCAGAAUCCACAUUAAGCUCCAAGGCACGAUGUGUAAAAUUCAUGUUGAUGUAGAUACAUGUUAACAAUACAGUUUAGACAAGACUGUCAGAAUUGUGUACUCUGUCAAAUGCUGCAAUGCUAUUUGUCUUCCAUGUAUUGAGAACAGUAAUGUAGCUUUUCCAUUCUGAUCAUAAAAAUGAACUGAAAGAACAAUAGCAGUUGCAUGUCAUGGUAAGCUGUAAACAUUGGCUUACCACGCACAAGAAAAUUGUGCUCGCUUCGUUCCUUUGAGCUUGUGCUGGGAGAAAGCAAACCAUGAUCCCUAGCUUAAUGUUAUAUCCGGACAAGGGGUUUGUGAUGUUUUCCAUGGUCAGUAAGCCAAGACCAAACUUUAUUGUGUCAUUGUUUCUUGAGAGUAAUGGGAGCAAAGCAGCCCGUGAUUAGUGCUUCAGAUGUAACACUAAAGCAGGUGGAUUGAAGCGGGGAGCAGUUUGCUUGUGUGUAGUAGUAAGCCAAGGUUUAUGUGCAAAUGUAGCCAAUAUAGUAGACAUUGUUUUCAACCAAUGAAGAAUCUUGAAAAUUUUUAAAUUGUUACAUGUUUAGUCGCCUUGGAAUUAUCCUUCUUGCAAAUUUUAAAUCUGCUGCAUCAUGCUUCAGCAAGAGGGCCUUCUGGCAGUUCCCUCAAUACAAGAAGUGAAAAUACAGGGAACCAGGCAGAGGGGCUUUUCAGUAGUGGCACCCGCCCUGUGGAACGCCCUCUCAUCAGAUCUCAAAGAAAUAAACAACUAUUGGACUUUUAGAAGACAUCUGGAGACAAUGAAGGCAGCCCUGUUUAGGGAAGCUUUUAAUAUUGUAUUUUAAUAUUUUGUUGGAAGCCACCCAGAGUGGCUGGCAAAACCCAGCCAGAUGGGCAGGGUAUAAAUUAUUAUUAUUAUUAUUAUGAUUAUUAUUCAUCUAGCAAAGUAGUUUUCCUGCUCUUGUGAGGCCUUUCUGGUAAGCCAUUUGUGUAGCAUGAAAAUGGACUUCAGUCAGUUCUAGGUGAAUUGUCUUGUUAUACAAAUUAUAGGGAUCAAGAAAUAGUUGAGCUUGCAGUAAAGUUAGCACAACUUUCUUGCUUAUAUAUCAAAUCUCUACUGGGUUGUUAGUGAUGCUUAGCUAAGCUUCAGUAAAACAGAGGCUCCUCUGGUGCCUUACGUGGUUUAGGACCUCAGCUAUGUCACACUGGCGCUUCAGUGGUCGGUGUGUCAUAAAAGGCUCAGCAUUCAUGUACUUUAAUGAGAUUUCUAGGUGGGGGCGGGCGUUCACAGGAGACUAUAAUCACUUAAUUAGUCUGGAUCUGUGUUGUUUACAGAAGCUUAUGAGACAUAUAUAACACUGCAGGGACCUCAUUUACUGAAAAGUGAAUUAAGCCUGGCUGUACAUGCAUUAAGGUUCAGGAAUGAAUUCUGCUUCACCUUUGCAGACCUCCUCUAGCCCCCCCCCCCCAUUUUACUGGUGCAGGACAAGCCAUCUUGGAGGCUCUGUGAGAAAGGUGGGAUAUAAAUUUCUUAAAUAAGUUUAAGGUCUGUAUUAAAGCAGCAGUUGGGUCGUUUGAAAAUGCUAUUGCAUAUCCCGGUUCUCAUUUCCCCUCCUUAAUGUCUAGUUCUGAACAGAAUGAAGUAAUGCAUUUAUGUAUAAUUAUGUUUGGGUAGUAGCUAUUGUCCUCCCAUGCCUGUGGCUCCAGCGUUGCUCUUAACAUACCUCAGCGUUAUUUUUUGCAGCCUUGUGGACAGACCCUCUCAAGGACUCAUGAUUAGACUGGCUAAAAAACAGAAGCUUAGCAUGUGGUGGCCCCUAUCCAGUGGACAAACAAGUAACCACUAGUUAAAGAAGAAUAAACCUUUUCAUAAUUACUUUGGCUUAAUUUUGCCCCACUUGACAUCCAUGUCAAUGCAACAAGUGGUUUAUAUAACUUGUGGUUAAUGUUUCCAAAACCUUAGUCCAUUUUUCUUUCUCAUAACUUGCCUUUGAUUACUCUUACCUUUAAAAAAAAAAAAAAAGCAAAGAGCUACAGCUAAGCCUGUUGUGUGAUCUUGUGAAUUCUAGUAAGAUAAUUCAGAUUAAAUUUCCUACAUUCGUGGCAGUGAGAUUCCGCAGGGGUAAGAGAGAAUAGGGCACCGGACAUGAAAACAGAUAGCCUCAGGAAAUCCACUUUCAGCUGCCGUUUAUUCUGUAAGCAAGUGGAUCCCUUGUACAGCAAGGGUGGCUAUCCUGUGGACCUCCAAAUCCCAUCGUUGGACUGCAAAUCCCAUCCAGAAUAUGUUUUACAGCAUACUCGUUUUCUGCCUGGUCAGCUUCUAAAGCAUGGCAUCUUCACGCUAGCGAAACUUGCAUCUUGCUUUCUGUGUAAAUAUUGCAAAGUGCUUUGCUCGUUACUAUACUGAUCAAUCCAACAAUAUCUCAAGUGAAUAUUUAAUUGUACAUAGCAACAGAUUUGUCUACUGUUUUGCUACUGUGCAUGUUUCUGUAGCAAGUUGGACUCAGCUGAAUGUUUUAUCUGCCCAAUAGUCAAAGUAACUUUGCUAUGGCAACAGUGCAUUGUUUCCAGUCACUGAUAUCAGAGCCUCUUAAACUUGAUACUUGAAUUUAUAUAUAUAUAGCCUUGUAUAAUAAAAGAAGUAUUAUCACAUCUUAAAUAUCAGGGAAGCAGCAGUUCAUACAUUUUAAGCUAUACAGAAUGUAAAGGCACCAUUGUACUUUGAGUGAUGCAGUAGUCAUUAGUUCUGUUCAAUGUUGGGUUGAAUUGACUUGUAUAAACAACCCAAGGUGGAAGUGAUUUUAAGAAGUUUGUUACCUGCAUAAGUGAUCAUGUGAACAAUCCUUUCGUGAUGAUAUUGAUCUACCUUUUCCUACCACCUUGUUUAUUUUGGACUCUCUGCCACAGAGCUCAGGCAAUUGCAUUUGUGAUUAAUAGUUUACACAAUGAAGUAUUAAUAGUCUGCGCUGGUUUUGUUUCAGGGAACAAAAGUUCUACUGGCACUUGAAGCUUCUAUUUCCUCAUAGUCAUGCUAAAUUCACAGAAAAAAGGUACCCAAAUGUUUUUGUUAGCCUCUGCUUACCAUGAAAUGUAAACCACUACCGUUGUAUUGUAUCACAGCUUGUUUUGCUUUUUGUUUCAUAAAAAUGAUUAUUGCAGCCUUCUUGGCUAAACAAUAAACUGAAUUCAUAGCAUAAAAUUUAAAUCUUGUUUUUAAAAAUACUGUUUCUGUGGUUUGGUUUAAAACCUAUUGUUUUAAAAUGUCCAUCUUUACCACUGAGAGUUGUAACUGAUCUGUUAUAAAACUGAAUGUGUUCCAUAGUUUUUAGGUUUUAUUUAUUCAUUCACCAUGCAGUCAAGGGCAGGUCUGAUCAUUAUAUGGUCUUUGCCGACCCUGUUGCAACACAUAGAUGUUUCUUGAAUUAUUACUAUCCACUUUGUAUCUUGCUUGGUGACUACCAUUGCUCAGUUAGGCACUCUCCCAGCUAUAAUUUCUUAUCUAGAAAAGGUGGGAGAAAGCUUGUCUUCCCAUAGAACAGAUUGAAAGAUAUGGAAGAUUUCUUUAAAAUUAAAGCACCAGCUCAUCUCUGUAUUAUGGAAAUGAGACAUUUAGAACAGGAAAACCUUUCCUGAAAGGCCCUUGGUAUUCUUGGACCAGUGUCAGAGAAGUCAGGUCCUCUUUUCUUCUUGAAUGUGCUGUUGUUCUAUAGCCUUUUCCACAGCUCUGACACUGGGGCUUAUAUAACUACUGUUUCACACAUGUUGACCUGAUUAUUCUAGUUCUUGCCAGUAUUAAGCUUCAUGAUUGAUACACUUUUGUCUUUUUGUGUAAAGGGUCGCAGAUGAUAAGCCACUGUAUGACAUUCUAAAGCGGUAUGUUGAUCCUCAAGAGUCUGAUCCUGUCAUUCAUCAAAGGUACGUGCUUCUAAAUAUUUCGCAUCCUAACGUUCUGUUGAGAUACAAAUCAGUCAUUAAAGCAUAUUGGGCAGUCUUGUGAUACAUCAUGGCUUACACUCAACAAGCACAUUACUUGGUCUGGUUUGUCUUGAAUGAAAGAUUUCUUGUUAUGUGGCAAGGUUUAUCUAAUGUUACGCCUUUCAUUUCAGAUUAAAAACCUAUGCAAUGUCCCCUCAGUCAGACAUACGAAUUUUAAUGAAAGUGGAAAACAGACCACAAAACUCCAUCAGGUAAGAGAUUUUUGUUUUACAAAGCAGCAAACUCUGUAUCUCCAUAUACCUUUUGAGUAGUAAGGCAGCUAUAAAAUAGCCAGCUUAGAAGAAUGUGGAGCGAAAUGUUGUCCCUUAGGUCCAAAACGCAAGACAUGCAUGGAAGAACACAGUUACUUUCUUUUCACUUGUGGUACUUUAUGGACGCGAGUGGCGCUGUGGGUUAAACCACAGAGCCUAGGGCUUGCUGAUCAGAAGGUCGGCGGUUCGAAUCCCCGUGACAGGGUGAGCUUCCGUUGCUCGGUCCCAGCUCCUGCCAACCUAGCAGUUCGAAAGCACAUCAAAGUGCAAGUAGAUAAAUAGGUACCGCUCCGGCGGGAAUGUAAAUGGCGUUUCCGUGUGCUGCUCUGGUUCGCCAGAAGUGGCUUAGUCAUGCUGGCUACAUGACCCAGAAGCUGUACACUGGCUCCCUUGGCCAGUAAAGUGAGAUGAACGCCGCAACCCCAGAGUCGGCCACGACUGGACCUAAUGGUCAGGGGUCCCUUUACCUUUACUUUAGGGAAGAGCUGCUGCUCAGUGAUGCAGCACAUGUUUUGUGUGUGAAAGAGCCUGCAUUCAUUCCCUAGCAUCUCCAGGUAGGGCUGGGGGUAAGACCACUGUCUGAACCCCUGGAGAGCCACUGUGGUAGAUGUAGACCGAGAAUGGGGAAUCUGCACUCCUGUAUCACCCACUACAGCACCAGCCCACUCAGUGGCUUUUAGUCCUUUUCAGUCCAAGCAGGUUUCCAGUCCUACCUUUCUUUCUUGCUCUGGGUUUGGUGACAAAGAGAAAUCCACAGAUCUACACGCUUAACAGCAUCCACAAAGGAAGUCCAUAAAUAGACUCGCCUACCUCAGAAACAACAGGUGCAGCACGGGAGCUGAACUAAUUAAGUCCCAGGCAAAAGAGAGGGUGGAAUGUGAAAAGGAGAAGAAAGACGGGAUUGUAAAUUACUCAGAGAGGUUAGGAAAUGGUUAUAUAGUGUUGCCCUUACUUUAGAGUAAGUUCCAUUGAAAGCAUUAGGAUCUGCUUCUGCGUAAUCUUGACUGGCUCCAGUUCUGUGAGGGUAUCUGAAUUGUGUGUUACCCAGAAUUCCAAAAAUAUAAUAUCUGAAAUGCCGAUAAUGCAAUCAUAUUGUACAAAUCAGAUAUAGGUGUUCAGGGUGAUAACAGCUAGGUAUCAGUAAAGAAAUACUAUGGCGUAAAAAACAACAACAGCAGGCUUGCUAAAUAUUCUAAAUUCUAGACUCUCCCUCUGAGUAGGAUGCAAAAGCCAAAUCUGGAUAAAUUUCUAAAACAAAUUUGCCAUCGGGUAACACAGUAGGUGAUUUUAUUCUUCUUUUUCUGUUGUUUUGGGGGGCAGUCAGUUCCAAGUGAGGCUUAGCUGAUGCAUACUGAAUGGGGUUUUUUUGCAGUUCAUUGCGUUCCUUUUAGAAAUAUCUAUUUGUCCUCUUCAGAAUAAAUUAAUAACUUUGUCUAGUGCUUUAUGUUUGGGAUGCCUUCAGAAUGACUUCAUGCAGUAGGGGAUAUUGCUUUUUCCAGUAAAGGAAGGAAAGAAACUGCUGCCAAAUUAUACAAUCUGGUUAGGGAAGGUCACCUUCUCCUUUUCCCAGGAGAGUGGUCAGACAAGUCUUUGUAACCAAAGAAGUUGAUAUUAAUUGAAACAAUGAGUGUUUGAGAUACUUAAUUAAUUGUUUUAAUUCAAAGUAUAACACUACCCUGGUGAUAAUUCAUGAAUGACUGGUAUGGCUUUCUGACACUUGAAUGUGACAAAGUUUUAUUGCAGGACAGCUUUUCCCUCGAGCUAUUUCUCAUAGAAAGCCAGCAUUACCUGGCUUCAAAUGCUCAGUUAGGUGUGUCUCGAGGGUACAGUUAAGUCUGGUUAAUAUCAGUGCAGAUGUUAAACCACGUGGCCUGUGCUAGAUCCUUAAACAGUUGACUAGCGUGACACCUGCGCUAGCCAUUAAUAAUAUAUAGUUUUUCUUUUGUGAAGAGUCUCUGCUUUAUGUUCUUAGGACCUAAACACUGUUCUAGGGUUUUGCUCCUUGUAUGGUGGGGACCCCAUCAAUUGACUGCUGGUUUAGUGCUGUACUUCUGCUGAUCCCAGUGUAGUAGACUCCAGCCUGAAAGCUAGUAUCGGAGCAUAUGGGAAUUCAGUGGGUGUAACUUCACUGGUAGAAGGCAUACAUCAGCAGAAUAGGGAAGGAAGCAAUUUUCAGCCAUUCAUCUUCUCUUCUGCAGCCUUCCUCAGGACGGUUCUCUAACCCUUCAGUGCAGAGUUGCUGAAAAGUGUCUCUUUGUCCGUUCUGCUGAUAGAUGCCUUUUUUCAGCAGAGCAACAUCCAUUAAAUUCCACCUUACAUACUUUUCUUUUGUUGCAGAAUCUACUUUGAUGGUUGCAUAUCGAAAGCACUAAUUGGCCUGGUUCACAUAUAAUGCUAAACCAUGUUUUUAGCACUGUGGGCAGGCUUGAACAAGUCUGGCCCAAGUGAAGCUGUGGGCCUAUGCAUAUCCUCCUCCUGCUCCUAUUGCACUGAAUUUAAUUUUUAUGAAUCUGGUCUUAACAUUAUACAGUCAUACCUUGGUUUAAGAACAGUCCUGUUUACGAACGAUUCAGUUUAUGAACUCCGCAAAAUCCAAAGUAGUGUCUCAGUUUGCGAACUUUACCUCGGUCUAAGAAUGGAAUCCGAAUGGUGGAAAGGCACUGGUGGCGGGAGGCCUCAUUAGGGAAAGCGCGCCUCGGUUUAAGAACAGUUUCGGUUUAAGAAGACUUCUGGAACGGAUUAAGUUCGUAAACUAAGGUACCACUGUAUUUGAACCAAGGUUUCAUAACCCAUGUCUGAUGUUGACUUGUUACAAAAUAUACUAGAAUUUGUUUUAAACUUGGAUCCCAGGCUUAAAUGUAAUGAUAAUACAGUAAAACUGAAACUGAACAAAGCAUCACUCAGCCUCUUAGCCGCAGGGGAGCAGCAAGUGCAAUGCUUCAUUUGGGCUUAUUGAGGCAUAUGGUGCUAAAGCAAUAAACCAUGGUUUAUGCGUGAACCAGGCCAUUGUGUACCAAUCAUGAUAUCUCAAGGUGACCUUACUUUCUUUAAAGCUAGUGGUAGAGCAGAUGUAUUUGGCGACUUGUUUCAAGCAUAGUGUGGGAAAGAGACAGACUGCAAGUGAGUCUUGUAAGACUUUUGUGCUUAAUGCUCUCUUUGUUUGAAGUCUUUGUUCUUUGUUGAGGUAGUAUAGUCCUUCUCCUUAUGGGAAAUCUGCAACAAAACGUCAGUCUUAAGUUUUACUUUCAGAACGGAUGCUUAUUUCAGCUGUGUGAUAUCCGUUUUUGUGCCCAAAUAGACAUUUCCUAGUUCAGUUUAAGGAUAUGUAAAGAUGAUGGUUACCUUUCGGUUUUGUCAGUGCCUUAAGUUCUAUCAGUGCUAUUUUCCUAUAUAACUUAAAAGUUGCUAACUAUUUUUAUGGCAUUGAUGGGGAUCUUCCAGACUGUGGGCCAAAUUUAGGCCCAUAAGGCCAUGGAGAUAGGCCUAUCAGGCUGUUUUGGGUGAGCCACGCCCACAUUUCCCAGGCUUGGUGUCAUAAGAAGUUAGGCAUGGGAAAGUUAAAGCCAUGGCUCAAAACUUGAAGUGGCUGCUGUGAAGGAGAAAGUAUCGGGUACACUGAAAUGCACACUUCCAGUUCCUUUGCAGCUGCAGAAACCAGGGAUGGAAAGCAAGUAUUUUAAGGAUUGCAACUUGCUACCAUUCAUUUUAGCACUUGCAUGGAUUAUAGUCCCAGUAGCUGUAAUCAAGUGGACGGUCCUCGACAAAAAAAUUUGCUUUUAAAAAUGUAACCAUGAUCUGUUGAACUUCAUCCAAGCAUAACAGCUUAGUUUAUAGCUGCGGCUUAGAAAACUUGUGGUCUAUGAGGAGAGUUCUUGAGAAGCUUUCUACCUCCUGUUCCCUCACCACUGUUCCAAGGGAAAGUAAACUUUUGGUGAAACGAAUUACUCUUUAAGUACGUCAUUUUUGUGUGAUCUUGACAAAGCUUUGCAUACCUAAAAGCAUACCGUAAGAGUCUUUGCUGUAGAAUCUGCUUUUGUUUCUCAUGUUGUGUCAGUUUCCUUUGGGUAUUUACAUUCUGCUGAAAAACAAGCUGGCUUUGUCUCAUAUGCUUAGUAAGAAAACUCCUGCUUACAUUAAAUACACUUUGAAAUAACCAUGAAUACAGUGGUACCUCAGGUUAAGAACUUAAUUCGUUCUGGAGGUCUGUACUUAACCUGAAACUGUUCUUAUCCUGAAGCACCACUUUAGCUAAUGGGGCCUCCUCCUCCUGCUGCUGCGCUGCCGCUGCGCGAUUUCUGUUCUCAUCCUGAAGCAAAGUUCUUAACCCGAGGUACUAUUUCUGGGUGAGCGGAGUCUGUAACCUGAAGCAUAUGUUACCCAAGGUACCACUGUAGUAUGUUAGCAAGGGUGGCUUGUGUCAUUGUAUCGAAAACCUGGCCAACCUUUAGCGAAUUGGCUAGUAGAUCAACACUGGCUCUGUUCCAGGUCUAGUUGCAUAUUUAAGAAGUAUCUACCUGUGACUAAUAGCCUUUUUGUAUGCCCAUGCACUCCAUCAAAGGCCAAUGGAUGCAAAUAGGCAACACUUACCUUCAGAUAUAAAUUGGAUUUGCCUCUGAAGUUCCUGAUCCAGCAAAUAAUCUGUGUGUGGACAUCUCCUUCUGUGGCUGCAGCUCAUUGCUAUUCAGAGCAUCUGCUAUUCAUACAGAAAUUCCCAGGUUCAAUCACUUUCUCCUAGUGCUCAGAUUGGGGGCACGGGAAGAGGAGAGGGUGGGAAGCCCUGUUAUACUGUUAAGGACUCCUUGUGCUGGCUGUUGAUAGUGCAGCAGUUUAGUUGCCAUUAUGAUGUUGAUGAUGAUGAUGAUGCUCAUCAUUGCUUUAUUAAUCACCUUCCAAAACAACCAUCUCAGUUUAAUUUGCCCCUUAUGGACUAGAAAUGAAUCAAAAAGUUUGUUAAGAAAUCCUUGUAGUAUAGAAGCAGUCAAUUAGGGAGCAAUCAAAGUGUUGCUAAAUGUUAUUAAAUGCAAUAGAUCCUCAAAUAAAUAUGGGGGAUCUUAAUAUUGAAACUUGUCCCACUUUGAAUGUUUGCAUUCCAUCAUUGUAACAUUUUCAUUAGUUCACUGAUUAUCUCCAUUUACUUCUGAUUCAGUCUGCCAGCACCACCUUAAAGGAAUUAGCCUGUGUCUAGUCAGUUCUUAUCUCUGGUUAACAGCUCCAGAAUUUUCAAAAGUAUAAAGAAAAAUGCUGUAAAUCUGAAGAGUUGCACAGAGCAAACAGUGUGUUUACAGGGUGUUGAUAGUGCCUUAACUCAAGGGUCUAUUCUGUAACCAUCUAGUUGAAAUCACUUUAACCGUUGUGACCUGUAACUGUUUUGUAAAAGUUCAUACAACCCACAGACAUUCUAGAAACUUUAGAAUGGAGCAAUAAAUACAUAUGUCAUAGUAUACGGAUGUAACUGAAUAUGAGCUGGUGUUUUGAGGUGAAAAGGGGAUAAAGGCAUAGCUGGGAAUAGUAUUCUUUGGAUUGUUUCUUUCACUGGUUUUCAGAUGGGAAUCUUACAUGUUGCUGUCGAAAAGAAUCCCCAGAAUGAUUUUCCAUUUUAUGUUGCCAAAAGGGAAUCCCUCUGUUUAUCUCUUUCCGACAGUAAUGAACUAGAACUGUUCCUCUGACCUUGUCAGGAGAGGUUUGACCUUCCUUCCUUGGCAGAGAAGAGGGAACAUGUUUGUUUUGCAAGGGUUAGUGAAUUUUUGGCAGGCAGCAAAUACAACCUUUGUAAGAAUGUGAAGACCUGUGAUGGGAAUGUUAAAAGUACGGAGAUUAAGAUACUUGUGUUUUAUAACUCAGUGUGUGUUAAUUGGGAGAAUAACUUUCUCUUAUUCAUGGAAGAAAACAUGCCAAAUAAAAUGAAUACAGUACAUAGAAGUAACUAUUCCUUUUCGUAAAGUUUCAUUCUCUCCACAGUAGAUUAAAGAGUCCGUGUUUCUGUUCCCAGUGGCCUUGUCCAGAACCACAAAUGACUACAUAGAGUUAUGUAAUGCUUGUUGCAUCAGCUAUUUAUUCCCACUAGGUUUUGUCUUAACUGUAGUUAGGCAAGAAGACCACUAUUGUGUCUCUGUGCGUGUACACACAUAAGUGCGCGCACGCACACAGGGCCUUAUUUUGGGGGUUAGGAGGACACAGUGGUGGGUCAAGUGGCGCUUAUAUGGCAUUUGCAGAUCUGAAAUCCAUGACCUAGAUCCAAAUUUCAUGGGAGGCUCAUGGUUGCUCAGAAUUGGCCAGCUGCAGAAACCAACAAGUGUCAGCCAGUGGUCAGAUAGAACUCUAUAUAAUUGCACCAUCAGUAUCUUUGACUGUCCCUGAAGCUACUCAUUGAUCUUCACAUACCCCUGAAAAAAAGAGACAAUAUGAUUCCAGACCAGUGGUUCCCAGCUUUUUUGGUCAUGCCCCACCUAAGCAUCUCUAAAAUCCUGAUGCCCUACCCCACCCCGGUUACAUAUAAUUCUUAUUAUUCAAAAAGUGAACUCCUAUUCACAUGGAGAAAGCCUAAAAUGCCAUUCACUGUUAAUAACUCAUUCUCAAAUUGCCCCCCCUUAAAAAUCAAAUUGCCCCCCUGUGGGGCGUGUGCCCUAUGUUGGGAAACAUGGUUCUAGACUAUCAUUGACUAUGGUAUAAUGCUCAGUCAAUCAAUAUAGCUUUCGCAUUCAAGGUUUUUCUAUGUCUUUCAGCUAUUGGCCAGAUGAUCCCAUUGGGAUAUUUUGCAGGAGGCAUCCCAUACUGGUGUGAUUUAGUUUGGGCAAAAUUGUACAUUAUGUAGCACAGCAGAAUCUAUUUGUUCACAUCACAGAAAUGUCCCAAUUAUAUCAAGAUCAUGGACUGGCCAGUAUCAAUAAUAUACCGUUUACAUCUGAUGUUGGACCUGAUGGAAUGAAUCUGCAUGGGAAUUGGUAUAAGUAACAAGGACAACUCUUCAACAAUAAGCUGUGCUUAAUCGAUACUUAUUUUUGUUUAUAUAUGUGGGAUUUGUACUAUAUGUGCCUCCAGGGCCACAUUCGCAUUUCCAGGGCAGCUUACAAUUUCAUAAUAUGAAUCCAGCAGUGGCGUGGACUCUGUUUAAAAGACAUCAUUGUGUAAGCAAGGUGAGAAUUUGUAUGCUGUGGUUUGAAAUGGUGCCCUAGUUUGCUCUGUAACAAGCUUCAUCAAAAUCUCUGGACAAAAUUCUAAGGCAGAGCUUUAUAUCAUGACACAUUUGUGUGUCGGCUGCAGUGUGUAGGUGUGUUGUGUGAACGCUCCCCGCGCUCCUCCCGGGGCUGGAAAGGGGUUACUUUAACCUCCGGUUUGCUAGUAAAACUGAAUUACUGUGUCGCGAAAGGAUGCAUGUCUAAAAAGUGUGUCACCAACAUGAAAAGAUUGGAAAGCUCUGUUCUAAGGUAUAAGAGAAAAACUGCUGGGACUGCAUUGUUUGAAGCAAAACAGUUACUAGGUAUUUCAUAGAUGGAACAUCUUUGCCCAAAUCAAAAUUUAAUAAUUUUGACCUAUUUUCCCAAGCUCCUGUUUAGGAAAUUGGCAGAUACAGUGGUACCUCAGGUUAAGUACUUAAUUCGUUCCGGUGGUCUGUUCUUAACCUGAAUCUGUUCUUAACCUGAAGUACCACUUUAGCUAAUGGGGCCUCCUGCUGCCGCCGCCACGCUGCCGGAGCACGAUUUCUGUUCUCAUCCUGAAGCAAAGUUCUUAACCUGAAGCACUAUUUCUGGAUUAGCGGAGUCUGUAACCUGAAGCGUAUGUAACCUGAGGUACCACUGUAUAGGGUUUGUGGCAAAUACUUUUGAUUAAGUAAUUUGGUGGAGACUUCCAUUGACAGGCAGCCCUACUGCUCCCAAUCAGUUUCCCAUCAGUAGUGAUGAUUAGCUGUCAGAGCUUAAGCUUCUGAGUGUAUGCUUCAAACAUGUUUCGGUUGAUAUAAAUCCAGAUAACAUUUGUGGCACACAUGUCAUCUUUCCUACACAUAGAUUACCAGUGCAUAGCAAAACAAUUAUGUCAAAGUUUUGCAUGUAUCUUUUGCCAUGGUAAUUCAUUUGUACAACAUGCAACUUCAUCAGCAUGUAGCACCAUUAUACAGCAACAAGAUAUGUUUUGAACUUUCAUUUUAAAAUUAAAGUUCUCGUUUGGUGUAGGAGGGAAGAUUUAACGUGAUGAUUCUGUAUGUGCUAGGCGGUUCCCACUUCAUAGUUAAGUUCUGCAUUUAUACUCUUUGAACAUCUGUGUAUUAAAUUAGAUCUCUCGUAGCUACAAAAUUAACAGAUAUUUAUAAAUUUCAUUUAUGUUUAAGUUAAUAUCUUAAAUUCCCUUGAUGUUGAUGUUUUGUAACUAGACCAGGAAUCACCAACUUUUUUUGUGGACAUUUUGAGUUCUGGAAGCUGCGGUAACUUUAACCACCUAUCUUUUCCCCUUUUAAGUUCUAGACUAGUUUUUCAAGCCUUUUCCUUUGGAUCAUUGCAUUAUGGAGCGUCACUUAAUAGUGUUACACUUGGAAACUGUAGGGGGUGUGCGCUUGUUUUCGGGGAUUCCCUAACUACCUUUCAUAUUUCCUCCUAUUGUGCCUCACUUGUUGCAUAUUUUCCUACCAUCUGCUUUCCUGAGAUUUGACUGCCAUUGUGCUGCUGCCUUCUGUAAACUUACAGAGACGCAAUGCGGCUGCACUUGCAGGACAAACACUGAUUGUUGCUAAGUGAAUGGCUGUUUGUUGGAUUAGGCUCUGAAAUGUUUGCACUGGGCACUGUUCCUUUACAUCCAGUGAGUCCUUUCAGUAGAAAUCAGGGCCCUUGCCUUGUGGCCUGUAGCCCCUAUACAUCUGUCCCUCCUAGUUCCUAGUUUGGGUUGUUCUUAUUUUUAUUAUGUAUGUUGUGGCUUGUAUAUUGUAAUGCUGUGUUGUGAACUGCCCUGAAAUCUACAGAUGUAGGGAAUAAUAAUAAUAAUAAUAAUAAUAAUAAUAAUAAUGAUGUCUUAAGGUUUGCCAAAGUCUGUAGUCUGUUCCUACAUCAAGCUAGCAAACAAACAAACACCAGCUCAUUGGUUUCCGUUCCAGGCUUGUCAAUAAAACCUGGGUCUUGAUACACAACUUAAUCCCGUGAGCCAUAGUGGGCUAUUAUCUACUUCUUGCCUGUAGUCCUUUCUCCUGUGCUACAUGAAUACGGCAGAAAAGAGAGGAGCGCUGAGAAGGGAAAGGGCUUCUGUCUACUGCUGCAUCAAAAGUGCUUUCCUGCUUUGAGUGUCAUAUCUUCUUCUUUUUAUUGUCCUCAUCAUUCUCUUGGCUGUUUCUCCUCGAUCAUUGCAGGAUUCAGGCCGUCAUGAUUUCUCCAUAUCAGGUCAUUUAAUUGCCUCAGUUUUUGCUUCAUCAGUUGCCUGGACAUGGUGGGGUGAGGACUUGGUCAUGGGUUCUGUUUCCCUUUCAGGAUAAGUUACCCAAAAGCCAUGUAAUUUUGAGAGUGUUCUCCUAGCACUGGGUUCUUGAGACAGAAUCGGUGUUCCUUUGAUGUAAUUCCAACUCCACAGUCAGCUCAAGCAGGAAGACACUUAGCUGUGUAAGGGGCAGCCAUCAUUUAACAUUGAUACCAAGAUCUCUUUCUUGGGUGUGGCUCAGAAUUCCAUAAUUUCUAUAGCAAUGGUGGAUCAGUCAUAUUUGUGGCAGGGCAUGCUCUUGAUCUGGUAUUUUAUCCAGGAUACGAAGAUGAUCAGGAAUGAUUGGUAGCUUUGUGCAGCUCCUUUAUUAUGGACAGAUCUUUAUGUGGCAGGACUUACAGAGAAUCUAAAACUGUAUAGGCAUGGGGGAAUCUAUUAAGAUAGUCCAUCGCCAGGUGGAUCCCGGUGGUUUCCUGAAAGGUCUUGGGGUUUUCCUACUGCAAGCUAGAAGCUAGGGAAAUCCUUGGCCUAUUAAGAGCUUGUGUAAUGAAGUGACAGGAAUGAUGACUAGAACAAAGAUGCUAGGCUAGAGCAGACCUGACCAAUUAAUCACAGAUAAGAUCUGAUCUUUGACCCUACUGCAUAGCAGUGAUUAUGGUGAAGGUACUUCUUCUCAGUUGUUGCAUCUGCCAUGUGGCAGAGCUGUCCUAAGUGACUACAAGUGGCAUGUUUUUAAGACAAAAAUGUUCUUCAGAUGUCAGACACAGACUCUAGGGACUUUCUCUGCAUAUAUUGUCAUGUCCCCCAUUUUGGUUUACAUAGGCAAAGAUAUACAAUGCCGGUUUACAAGUCAAAUGGUUAUAGUUAUAUAUCCUGGCCUCUAAAUAGUGGAACUUAACCCCCACAGAGGUAUGUGUGGCCUCCAUGCCACUUAUUUUUGAGUAGACCUUAAAAACCCAUCUUUUUCAGAAUCCUUUCUCCUAAACAACACCCAUUCUCUUGUGUAGCUAGUGCUUCCAUUGCUAGUUUUAGGCUGAAAUUGUAAGCCACUUUGGGUCAGCCAUAUUCCAAAAAGUGGAAGGUGGCUGCCUAUAAGUAAACAAACGUUUAUGUAAUGGAGCAUUAAAUGUAAAGGAUAUAUCCUAUUAAAAGUCAGGCUUUCAUGGUGAAAUAUGCUUCAUGAGGCAAACAAUUGAAACCAAUUAUUUUUUGUUAGCUGGGCAAAAUGUCUUAAUUGGAGCUAAGUAGCAGUGAAGGGAAGAUAAUUGCUAUCCUUCCUAAAAUGCAUCUGAAGCAGCAUCUUGAUCUUCAGCUGGCAAAUACACAAGUGACUCGUACGCACAGACACUUUUGGUUAGCUGAGGUGGAAUAUUUGAUAAUUUCAGUGUACAAAGCAUAUCUAUUUUCAGGAAGUUGCAUUUUAUUGCAGUGUUGUAAUCCUUUUUAUGGGGACUUAAACCAAGUUCUAGUUCAAGUGCCAAAGCUCUUUAUAAAUCCUUUCAGAAAACAUUAGCUCCCUUAAUACUUCACAAAUCUGAAUGAUCACAUUAGUAACGAGACAAACAUAAGUGCAAAGUUUAAGGUAUGCUACAGUUGUAGGUGGAACUGAAUUUUAUAAUCCAGAAUGUAGUUUCCCCCCUUGCUGUAUAACUGAGAAGAGCAUUUCACUAUUUUCCCGUUCACAAAUCAUAACCACAAGGAAGAGUUAUUCACCACUUAGGAAUGAAUGUCCAUCUGUUAGUUAUUAUCUCUGCAGCACUGCAGCCCCUCAAAACUUAGUACUUGAAAGGAUUCUUAAGUGCAGUGGACAUCUCCUCUGUUCUAACUCCCCCUCCUGAAAUGGGGUUUAACCUUCUGCAUUAUUAGUAGCAGUAGUACCAAAAUUCAUUUAUAUUUUGUGUUUUGGCAGUAAUAUUUCUGUCAAGGAAUGCUCUAAUAAAAUGGGAUGGUGCCCAUAGCUGCUUCAGGAAGUACUUCCAUUUUUCAUUGUAUGCUGAUGUCAGCAUGUUUUGUGGGGGGAUUUCAAAGUCUGUGUUAAAAGAGUUUUUUUCCUCACGAAGUACAAAUACAUUGUUCCAGUGAAGAUGCUUCAAUGGAGCAGUCAUGCUUUAUCAUAGGAGAGUAGACUCAACGGGAUUUUCGUUUUUAUCUUUAAUCACAGACUACAAAAAUGCCAUUAUUAAAACGAAAGGCUGUGCAGAUGACAUGCAGGAAGGACUGAUCUUAGCAGGGAAUUUCCUGCUGUCUGAGCUGGCAGGGAUGACUGAGUUCACCACUAAGAUAAUAGCUGGAGGCUCCAUUGGAGAGGUAUACAUUUAUGAUGGAGGGUUCUGUAGAAUGCAGCAGUUUUCAGAAGGAUUAGUUGGCUGCCUUUUUGGCCUUCUUGCAAGCCAGUAGGCUCUUUCGGAGCUUAUGCGGCUUCUGGUCAGUCAUAAUGGACAAAAUUAAAGCAUUAAAAUGCAGGCGCAAAGCUCUUGCCAAUAUUGUCUCUCUUCAGCAUCAUCGUUUUUCUUGGGGCACAACAGGUAAAUCCAUCCCAUCAUGUUGCACUGAUGAUACUUGUUCAGAUGCUGUUUGAAAUCCUUUAAUAUGGUAGUCAUCAUAGGAUAAUUCUAGAAAAUACAAUCUUUUUACACACACACAAACAUAAAUUGCAGGUGUGUACAUCGCGAUCUUAUUUGUAUGCCACUUUUCCAUGCUAGAACCAUGCUCGAAAAGAGUGGCUCACAACAACGCACAGAAUAAAUGCAACAUUUCGUGAUGACGCUUUAACAGUUACAAAGCAGAACACAAAGUCACGCUAAUCUCAAUAAGGGCAAACAAACAUCUCAUGUUAAUAAACACUGAAAUAAUGCCUAACAGUAAAGUACAAAACAUCCAAAUAGCAGCAAAAACGAUACCACCAACCCCAGUUGGCGGGAAUGCUGAGCAGGGGGGGAGCUUGCCCUUGAUGUUUCCAGCAGACUGUCCCCUGUAUCAAUACACUAGAGCCUCAUAUUCCUUACAAUGGUAUUAUUGCUUAAUUGGGAGGGUGGCGCUGUGGUCUAAACCACUGAGCCUCUUGGGCUUACCGAUCAGAAGGUCAGCUGUUUGAAUCCCCGUGACAGUGUGAGCUCCCAUUGCUCGGUCCCAGCUCCUGCCAGCCUAGCAGUUCAAAAGCAUGCCAGUGCAAGUAGAUAAAUAGGUACCGCUCUGGCGGGAAGGUAAACAGUGUUUCCGUGCGCUCUGGCUUCCGUCACCGUGUUCCGUUGUGCCAGAAGUGGUUUAGUCCUUCUGGCCACGUGACCCGGAAAGCUGUCUGUGGACAAACGCUGGCUCCCUCAGCCUGAAAGUUAGAUGAGCAUUGCAACCUAUAGUUGCGUUUGACUGGACUUAACCAUCCAGGGGUUCUUUACCUUAUUAUUAUUAUUGCUUAUCAUUAGACUUGUUAUCUAAAGGUCUCCAGGCAAUUAAUACCCAUUUUAAAACAUGCAACAGCCACACAAGCAAAACAGCAUAAUCUCAGUCCAUCAGUGUUUCAUCUGGUGCUAAAACAAUGUCACCAAAGGUGGACCACAAAUUCCACUAAAAGAAGAGCUCCUGAAUGUGUCACUAAGGAGACCACAGCCUCUGACUUGUGAGAAACUAUCUUCACAAUCGAUCUAUGUUAAAACCUCCCACCCAAAAAUUUAAAAUUCGGCUUUGUAAUUCGGAAUUUAUGUGAUGUGAUGUGAUGUGAUGUGAUGUGAUGUGAUGUGAUGAUGUGAUGUGAUGUGAUUGGUUGGUUAAUAAAAAUUAUUAUUAAAAAAAAAAAAACCUCCCACCCUCAAGGAUAAAAUUCAAGAACGCCAAAUACAGUUGCACCCUCUUAAUCGCAAGCCCUGAUGGACCACAGAGCAAGGGCCCAUUUUGACCAGCACAGAUGCCUGUAGGAAUCCCACAAGCAAUGACAGGAGCACCACUGCCUUCUCCCGCUGUUCUCCCCCAGUGACUGCCAUUGAGAGGUGUGUUGCCUCUGAUUCUGGAGCCAGUACACGGUCAUCAUUAACGGUAACCAUUGAUGAGUUAGGCUGAGAGAGUGCAACUUGUUCCAAGGACAGGUCCAAAAGUGGACUUAAGGUGGGGUGGGUGGGAUUUGUUCCUUGAAAUACAUACUUUGGGUGAGGGAACAAGUUUGUUUUCUCCUGCUCUGGGGCGUAGGGCUUGAGCCAGCAGCUUGAAGUUACAAGAAAGGAGAUUCUGACUAAACAUAGGGGGGAAAUUUCUGACAGUAAGAGGCGUUUGACAGUCUUCCAUGGAAGGUUGUGGGCUCUGCUUCCCCUUGGAGGUUUUUAAGCAGAGGUUGGAUGGCCAUCUGUCAUGGAUGCUUUAGCUGAAAUUUCUGCAUUGCAGGGGGUUGGUCUAGAUGGCCCUUGGGUCCCUUCCAACUCUACGAUUCUAUGAGUCUUUCUUUUGUUUAUUACUGGUUUUAUAUGCGGUUUGUUUAUGGGAUUUUAAAAAAUAUUAAGUUGCUCUGUGCAAAAAUGUGAUCGAUAGAAGUAAUAAAAUGGUAAAAUAUUGGUCUAACAUUGUCAGUUACUUUGAAACACUUAAUAUUUGCAACAGUUUUUUGGGGAGGGGUGUUUGAAGUGCCGUGAAAUGUGUUGAUAGAUUUUAUAAAUGGGACACUUUUUAAUUUAUGAAAGCAAAGCAAAUAAAAGCUGUAUUUGAGAGAGAGCAGAAUACAGUUAACAGUUUGUUUCUUUUUAUGGGGAGAGGGAAGCCAAGAAGGUAAAAGCAAAAUAGAAUAGUAAGUUCCAGAGAUUUAGUUAGAUCACUACAGGAAAAAACUAUUCUCUAAAGAUUCUUUUGCUCUUCGUACUGCACCAAAGUCUUGGCUAUUUGCCAAAAACUGUCACUGUCUGUCAACCAAUAAAGUUUACUUAAAGCUAUGCCUUGGUGAUCUAACACUUGAAUAAUUUACUAUCAUAAAAUAGUUUAAAGUACAAAUGUUUUAUGCUAUGCCAAGCUGGACGCUAAAGAUGUUUUGUCUAAAACAUGAGAUAAUGGAAAGUGUAUUGUGGCAUGUGAAUGACUUUAGCCUUUUGGUGGUAGAUGUUUGCUUAACCAGAAAAGAAUGUGUUGAGACUCUUGCCAAUAGAAAGGUAUUGCCAUAUUUUGCAUUAAAGUACUGUAAAUAAAUCAGUAAAUAUGGUUCUGUUCAUGUGUUAAUCCACAACUUAUGAAUGCAUUCAUUGAAUAAGAAAUGCAAUAUACUGUUAUCCUUUUUAAAAGGUUUCAGAAAGAGCUGGUCAUAAUUACUCUGGGUUGAAAGAAACAUGAAACCAAAUAUUUUCAUGAUGAUUGAAGUUGGAUUUGAGGGACAUAACCAUUGCUUAAAGUUGUUUCUUCCAGAACCAGAAAAAGCAAGUUGCAAAUUUUUAACAUCUUGACUUUUAAAAAUCUGACUCCUGACACAGUGUUAUGCAAUAAGCAGUGAGGUAUACCAGUAAUAUCAAUUUAAAAUAUUGUGGUAACUGGUAAGGAAUUCUACAAUAGAUAAUACAGUUGGUGGAAGUCAAGGCUAGGCAACAUACUGGGAAUCUAUUUCAGGCAAAUACUUUAUAUCUAAACUUUUUAUUCACUGGAUUUAGUAGAUUGGUGGCAAUUGAGGAAUUACAGCUCACUUUGCUUUUUUUGUAAUAAUUGCUGAGAUAGUGUUGGCUAUUAAUAGCCUUAGGACUUGAAGUUUUCUCUGUUUUUUUUGCUCUUGAAAUGUAUAGGUCUGGAAGGACCGUAGCUUGCUUAUGUAAUAAUUAUUAGGAAUAGGCACAGUUAAGUUCUUAGGAUUACUUCAGUUAUUUAGAAAUGCUAUGAUGAUGCCUGCUCCUGGCUUUGAAUGCAUCCUCCCAAGAAGGAGAAAGUCUCCCUUAUAUGGAAUUGGCUGGCUGAUCCAAGUCACAUGGAUGAGCCAGAACACAUAAAUAAAAUGAGGUUUUCUUUUGGGAGUUUAGUUUGGAGCUGCUGGUGUGAGUAGCUGUGGAUUAUACUAUGAAGUUAUGACAUUUUAAAUUCUAUUUCCACAAACAAAUAGUUCUUAAUUUCGUCAACAAAUUUCUGGUUUUGUUUUGCUACAUAAUUCUGCCGUUCGGGGACUUUCAAAGUUUUGCACAUGUAUAUUGAUAUAAUUUUAUCCUACCGUUGCCAUCUAACUACGAUAGUUCUUAAUUAAUGCCAUGUACACUAAAGUCAGAUAGAAGAUACUCCGAUUACUGGAAUUAUUAUUAUUAUUAUUUUUAACGGAAGCUUUUAUAUAUCUCCCUCAAAUGACUGAGCUAUUUGUAAACAUGUGUUCCCAACCUUUUUGAGCCCAGGACACAUUUCUUCACAGAAGAAAAACUUGUAAUGCCCAGAUCACGCAAAAUACCUGCAUCCCAUUAAAACAAAUAAAAUGGACGAAGAAGGCAGCACUCCCCAAAAGUGGUAACAUCCCCCCAUUUUUUUAAAAUAGAAAAUGGGAGAGCCUUGGUGGGCAGCAAAGAAGGGUAUAUGGGUGCCAUGGCUGGGAAGCUGAAAUUUUAUAUAGGCGGCAACCAUUUUGCACAGGGAAUCUGGUCCCUAUGCACAUCGGUGCAGCGUGCAUUAUCACCCCGUUAUUCCCCGCCCCCAUUAUACACCCAUUUUUCCAGGUCCCAAAGGACCCUCACGUUGCUUGGACGUGCCUAAAAUAGUCGGAUUAUUUAUUGGGUUUAAUCAAGUCACUCUUGUUACUAGAGGAAUAUGAAAACGAAAGAAUCAUAAAAGGGUUGCAGGUGAUAUAUAUCCACAUCACUUGCAAAACCAAAGUUUGAUACAUGCCUGCAGCCCAAGUUAUAUCGAAGAGCCUAAAAAUGAACCAUUUUUUUCUGUUUGUCUCGAGGCAGAGGCCAACAACCCAUCAGAGAACUGCACAUUGGUACGGAAUGUUGAGCUGUGGGCAUGCAAUUGCUGCUUCAAAUACUUGAAUGAGCUUUGGGGGAUUUCCAGUGGCAGCCUGGAAUGUGCCUCCAUGUGUACAGCACAGCAUACAAACUGAAUUACUAGAGAGAGAGAGUAUAUAUAGAUAAACAGUGGUUUCGAUUGACUGGCUCAACAGGUUAUGAAAUGUUUGUUUUAUUUCCAGGAAGCUGAAAUUUGGUUCACAUCUAUCCCAGAGUACACUGAUAGCCUCCCUUUCAGAUUUUUAUUUUCUAACUCUGUCCCUUAAAAUGGUGGACCUAAUCCUCAAUGGCCAUGGUACUUCAGCACUAUCAAGGGAAGGGAAGUCUGAAAUGGGAGGUUUUUAUGACGUAAUCAACAAAACGAGACCUGGAAUUACUUAUAUAGGCCCGUAUUCCAGCACAAACUAGCCACACUUUGGACACAAUGUUGGAUUGCAGAACUGCCCUUUCCUUGGAUUUGAUCAGUGCAGAGCGCAGCACGGCGUGGGUGCCAUUGUGAAGCCAAUCCUGCACCUCUGCGCUUCUCACAUUGUCCCUCUUAGUAAAUGGCAGCAGUCGGCAAAACAGCUGUGCCAUACCGCCUUUACAGCCCUACCGGCCGCCACUGGAUUUGGAGGAGGAGAGAUUUGUCGCAAUGCCUGUGAAUAAGUUUGAUUUGCUAACACUUUGAAAUAUCUGCUUGCCGAUAAACUUUUGCAAUUACUUUUUCAAAGGUACGAAGAACUGGAUGUCAGCAAAGGCCUUCGAGACAAUUUGAAAGGGAAGGUUGUCAUAGAAUACCCAACUUUGCAUAUUGUUUUGAAGAAAUUCCAGAUGGAUAUGGUGAUUCUUGGCCACGGUAAGAAACUAUACAUUACAAUGCAAUAACAUUUUAUGCCAACAAGAAUUAAGGCUCUUUAUCCUGUUAAAACCAGGAAUGAGCAUCAGCUUGUAAAUAAUAAAGCAUUUCCCCCUGUUGCAAUUACUUGGAUUAUAUAUAUUAUCAGUGUAUAUGUUGAUCCUUCCUAGUUAGGUUUUAAGUAAUUUAAUCACUGUAACACCGCUAGCAUUUUAUUUACCAGUUUAUGAUAAUGUAAAAUAGAUCUAAAAUGUGUCAAAACCAUAGUUCCGAGUUUUUGAGCCAUCAAAUUUGUUAGGGUAGAUAAACACAUACCUGUUAUAUGAAUAACCUUCCAGACAAUUUUGCAGCAUUGCGUUUGUUAACAUCUGCAGCUGAUUUGUUUUACCAGAUCAAAUGCCUGCUUGGUAACUGGAAGUUUGAAGGCACCAGGCAAUGCUUGAAUAUCUCUUACAAAUUAUGGUUGGUUACAUAACUGAGAAAAGUUUGCUUCCUCUACUGUGAAACCUUCAAAAUACCUUGGAACAGAAUUACUCCAUUUCUUUUUCCUGGUCAUAUCCUAUAUUCCAGAGUCAGUAUGCUAGGAAGAAAUAAUAUUUUAAUAUUCUGCCACAUAAAUAUGUUAAUGUUUAUAUUGGACAUGAUGGCUAUAUGCUGCCUCCAGGCUCAGAGGAAGCAUGGUCCAGAUAUCAGUUGCUAAGGCAUAAAAGGGCUGUUUCAUGCUUACGCAGCUUGUGGAUUUCCCAUAGCAUCUGGUUGGCCACUGUGAGAAACAGGAUUCUGAACUAGAUGGGCCUUAAGCCUGAUCUAGCAAGGCUCUCUUACAUUCUUAUGACAAAUAAGGCAUCUGCUUUGCAAACUGCACAGAUCUGAACAUGCCAAAGUGUUUUUGAGUUUUAUAGCCUAUACAUUUGGCCGAUAUUUAUGGGUAGAGUGGAUGCGAAAGAAAAAGAACAAAUAAAUCUAAAAAUGGUGGGGCUCUACAUAACCUUACCUCUCUGGUCACUGCAGUAACUUUCCAGUGUGCAUAGCAACAUAUUUUCCUACCAUAGACUGACUCCAUGUUAUACCUAGAUACCACACAGAAAAGGCUACCUGCAGACUCCCUUCCUCCUUUGGAAGGAAUUUUGCUAUGUUUUCAGGAGUUGAGGGUGCUGUACUUAAUGGAAGAUGAGCUUUUAAAUGCAGCUGGAACAAUGUUUUAAUCCCUUGCAUUGUAUUUUAGUUGUAUAUCGUGGUAUUUUAGUGUAGCUCUUUUCUGUGCGGCAGUUUUUUGUUCCUGAUUUUUAAUUGUGCGUGGUCUUUGCAAUGGUUACGCUUUUGCAACCCAUCGCGCAACUAUUUGAUGGAAGAGGAGGUUAUAAAUACAAAUAAUAAUUACCGUAACAAAUAACAAAGAUCAAACACAUCAGGGUAGGUUUCAGUGGUAAAUGGCUACAGUGUUGCACUGGCAGUGCUGAGCAGGCACAGUAAUGGCAUACAUCUUAACAAGGAAAGAUGCCAUUGUUGUCUUCUGGAAUAAGUUUGGGGCUAAGGAAGUUUUUCUGAUAUCCUGCUUCGCUUGCUUAUGUUUCUAUGUAUACAUAUGUUUUGUACAUAUAACCAGGGUGCAAGGUGGUUUACAUCAAAAUAACCUUUUUCAAAAAGCUUGCUCUAUAAGUGUGUUCAGUAGUUUGAACAAAACAAAACAAAAAAAAAGAAUUUAAUCUAGCUGCUAAUAGCAUAAUGUGGAUCACACCUUUCCAUUUGUAGAACAUGUGAGCACUAGCUAAUCUGAAUGGGAAACUGAACCUUACAAAACCUUCUUGCUAAGAAGCUGCUGUGAAUUGUGCCCGAUUGGCCGUUUUUUAGCAAGCUUUUGCGUUCCCAUGGUAUUUUAGUUGCUGCCUAUAUAGAAUUUUUCUAUUUUAUUUUACAUAGAUAGAUAGUCAGUAGUAAUGUGGAUAUAAGUGCAGGUCACAACCAAACACUUCUAGAAUUGAAAUAUCUGGAAUGUUUUUCCUUAUGAGACCCAAAAACUUUGAAAACAUUCAUGAGCCUAUUGAAACAGCAGAUUCUUUCUGUUCUGGUCACCUUGGAAAGAUCUUACAGUGGUCCUUGCAAUGAGAUCACUAAAAUUCUGGAUUUAUAUUCUUGUCUUUGAAUAAGAUUGAUAUUUCAUUAGUUACAUUUGUAACUGAGCAAUAUGUUAGAAAGUAUGUGUUUUUCGCUGCAUAAAUUGACAAAGGACACAACCUGAAUUUAUAUAUGCAUACACAAUAAAAUCCAGUGUUCUUAAAAAGCAGGCAGUGUUCUGCGAUGGAAGCAUAAUAGAAAAAGGGCCCUAGCCUUCAAAUUAAAAGUCAUUUUAAAUCAGAUUGUUUACGCUGCUUUAUGGGGUUAGUAUGGUUGGUCUUGUUUAAAGAAAGUACAGGUGUUCGCCUUUCUGUCUGCAAGCAUAGUCACAGCUAGAAUUACUAAAGGAUUAUAGAAGUUAUUACAAGACUUAGGGACAAAAACAUUUCUUUCUAUCUCAGUACUCAGUACAUCUCUGGCAUAUAGAUGUUAAUUGAUUAUACACUAGAUUUAAUGUAGACAAAAUGUGACCUCAGCCGUUUCUGGGUGAAGUGCUUUUAUUUUCUUGUCUAGAUUCCAUUGAAGUUAUACAGGUGCACACUUGAUCCCAGUGUUACCCCUGCUGACCAUCUGCUCAGCAUUUCAUGAUUACGUAGCAAUUCCCCAUUAAUUCCAUCUUAGUAAUAUUUCUCUAAUAAGAAGCCUUUGGCCUCAUAUGUACAAAAAGGCACAUUGGUGUUAAGCAAUGUUAGUUAAGUGAAAAUACCCAUAAGAAAGAUUAUGUGUAUUUCCUUUGUAAAAUGCAUUUUAUAUGUGUGUAUAUAUAUAUCUGUUGACCUCAUCUGAGGAGGGGUUGGUAGGGCUGUGGCAGGAGAAUUGGGGUGAUCAGGAGGGUGGGAGAGGGAGGAGAAGGUUGACAAACACUUCAGGAAAUGAUGACAUCAGUCAGUCCUGGAACUCUGGACAGCUUGAAUCUGUAACAUCUUCGCUUUGGCUCAGACUUGCAAACGCUAUGUUGAAAUGUUGAACUAUACAAAAAGGCAACAUGUAUGCGUCAUGUCUUAGUUUCGUUGAAAGGGUUCCAACAUGAAACAAGACCAAUUCUCAGUAGUGCUCUGUGUAAAUCAGAAGUUUGAACGAAAUGCCAAAUUCUGUUCUGCCUGACAUUACAAAUGAUGGCUGUCAUGUUGAGUCUUUCCACCUAGUGAUACAUCACCACACCCUGUGUUCCACGAAUCCAGUUUUGCUUUAUAAAUACGGUUUCUUAUGAGAGCCAGUAUGCUGAGAGUUCCAGACUAAGAUUGGGAACACCCGGGUUCAGCUUUAAAGCUCACCGGGUGACCUUGACCCAGUUGCUAUCUCUCAGUCUAACUUUUCUCACGGGGGGGGGGGGGAGAGAUAUGCUGCCUUUAGUCCUUGAAGGAGAGGCUAGAUAAUAGAUACUGUAGUAUUGUUCCAUCAGUUAGGUGUUACAUUGAAUAUAGAAAAAAUUGCAUCCUUUUGUCCUACGAAAGAAAUGGUUAAUAAAAUAGAAAAGAAACUCACUCAGGAAAAUUCCCUCUCAGUGGUCUUCCUGGCCAACGAAUUGCUAGAAGCACUCACUUGAAACUGCACCCGUGGUCUCCGACAGCACAUCAGAAUGGAACAUUUUUAUUAUAUUUUCAUAUUGUGAUUUGAAUUGUUGUGAGCUGCCUUGUGCAGUAGAAAGGAAGGUAUACAUUUUUAAAAAAGAAAAAAGUCUAUUGCUGUUCAGUUUUUGUGAGGCAGCAGUCACAGGCAUCCCGUUUUAAAGAAAGUAGCUCUCUGAGCACCACUUGGAAGCCAUCCUCAUUGGAACUAGGGGCAAGAAAAAAGCCUGACUGCUCUGUCUAAGGGAGAUGGAGAAGAAUCAGCCAAGCAAUCUUUCUUUUUUUUAUAAAUAAUAUUUAUUACUUUUAAACCUUACAAAAAGGAGAAAAGAAAAGAAGAAAGAAAAGAAAAGCAAAAGCAAAAAAACAAUACAGUACAAUAUAUAAUCAAUACACAACACAACAUUAACAUAAACACAUUAAACAAAACAAGAGCCAAAACAAUUCAAAAAACACACAUCAUACCAUCUCAAUAUCCAAAUUAAGAUGUUUAAAAAUCCAAUUUUCCGUUCUACUCACGGGUAGUUGUUUUGAGAUCAAAUUGUCCACAGGAAAAAGUCAGCGCUCUCCGGCAACAGCAAUGCGGCUUCACUCCGUGAAAGAAGCAGUCAAUUCGAAGCGCCGCGCCACUCACCCCACGUCGCUCCAGAUCCCCGAAACCGGGUUUCCCCGCGAGUAGGGGAGGCGCAAAAGGUGCCAGCCGAAUCCCAUGUUCACAGGAUUCUCCCGCCUGUGAUUUUUGGUGGGUCCCCGCCUUCGCCGUGGCGGCCAGACCCUAUUUCCACGAAGCAAAUUCCUCCCGAUCAGAGGAGUUCAGCCAUUACCGGAGGCGCUAACCCGGAAGUCGCAAUCUUUAACCCUUACACAGCCCUCCUACACUUCCAAACACUCCUCAGAGAUUGCAAGCCUAUGUGGCUGCACCUCCAGAACUAGAAGCCCAGGUCUAGUCAAUAAACACAAAGCUCAGGCAAGAAGUCCAACCCCAGUCCUUCUUGUAUUCUGAUUAGGGAUUGGGUUAGGAGUAACUCCAUGAACAAUUGGUAGAACUUCGACCUAUUAAUGAUGAACAUCUUAUAACCCUUUUAAAUGUGUUUGGGGGGGAGGAGGUUUAUUGGUUUGUGGGAUUAUUUUUUUUGUUCUUGCUUUUUAUUGUGUAUUUUGUGGUUUUAUAUUGCGUUUUUAUAUUGUGAACCACACCUGAGACCUACAGUUGAAGGGCACUAUACAAUUUAUAAAUGAAUGAAUGAAUGAAUGAAUGAUAGUUACUUUGCAAGUAACUAUGUACUGUGGAAAUGUGCAUUUAUUAUUCAUUUAUUCCACCUAUUUUUAUACCACUUAAUCACCAAAGUUUGUAAGUGGUAUAAAUAAAAAUACAAAAAAAGCAUAUAGUAGAUAAGAAUCCAUUUAAAUCGAAGAGAAUAAUAGGAAACAUUUUUGGAGGGUGCAAAACCAGGGCUGGGGUUAGCUUAGUAAAUAUAUAAAUAUUGUAUUUUUUCCCCUUCUCUCCUUUAGAUGCCAGUAAAUCCAACCGGGAAAACUCAUCUGAGGAAGAAGGGGAAAUCCAUGAUAGUUCCUGACAAAGCAAAGUCGGAUGUGGAGUUGGAGCAACUUGCUUUGCACCUGACUCGUUGAACAUAUAUUCAGCAAAUUAGUUUUGAGCAUUGCUUUUUAUUAAUAGUAUCCAAAACCUACAGCUAUUAAAAAGCACUGCAAUCUGUUAAUGUAUGUUCUACAUUAUGUUCUAAUCUAUGUUUAUAGAUUAAGGUGCCUAGCUCUAGCUUUCUUUUGUGAAAAUCACUGAUGUAACAAUUACAAUUUUACAGGACUCUGUUGCCAAUCUUUGUACGCUUGGCUGUUUUUUCCACUUAUUGAAGUAGAAAGCUAUAAAUACUUUUAAUAAAACACCUAACUCUCCUUUCACCAGUACAAAUAUCUGGGUGUGGUAAAGAACAUGAAACAGAAGCACCAACUCAUAAAAAAAGUAUUUGUUGGAAUAAAUCCCUGCUUUAAUAUAUUGAUCUGGAUUGCAUAUAACAUUAAGCCAAGCAACAGCUUGGGGUGAGUUUGUAGGCUCCUAGAGAGAUUGCAGCCACUUGAUCCUUCCCAGUUGUUCUGCUGCUACACUGUGCUUAGACAUCAUUAGGCUUAACAUGUCAUCCCAAUCUGGGCUUCCAGUUUAGUUCUUUCCAAACCAAUCAUGAGCUGAAGCCAAGGUUUGGUCUAUGUUCUAAGGCUCAUGGUUUGCAAAGGAGAGCUAAACCACAAACCUGGAUUUGGAUAACAUACUGAGGCUUAGUGCAGUGCAACAGCAGAAUGACCAGGGAGAAGCAAAGCUCCUCUGAUCUCCUCGAGCAUGCAUGCUCACAUGCUCAUUCUAAGCCAGUCCUUUUUGUGAUGCACGAACCAGGCCAUUGUUAGAAAGAAUUGUGCAAGGUUCAGCCUAGGGCACAUCUCGGUAAAAGAAUUUCAGGUAGCUUGGCAUGGCGAGGCCACUGAGCCCUUAGUGGCUGUCAAUCCAUGUAGAAGUCACAGAACUAGAUGGACCAGUGGUCUGACUCAGUGCUAAGCUACCUUAAAAUGUGUGCGUAAUUGAUUUAGCUUUUAAAAAAACAAUGCAGGCAAUGCAAAUAUUAAGGAGAGAUUAGUGUUGAAUUUCCCUUAGUGAGUUUAUUGAAAACAAGAAAAUGAGAAAAAGCCAGGGCAUCCAGGACUCAGCUACAUUCGCAAAGAAAAAACUUUUUAUGCAUUGUUUAUACAUUCUAACACUGUGACACAAGAUGGCGCUGUGGAGUUCCAUUUUUGCUAACCCAAUUUCUCAUACAAAGUUCGCAACCCAUUUAACUGAAAUGCUUCUUUUAUGGGUCUAGAUCCAGCCCUACUCUAACAUGCUACUGAAAGAUUUUACCACAUAGUGAGCCAAAUCUGUUGCUCAUGAUGCAGCAGAAGUGGGUGGAAUCUAGAAAAAAUUUGCCCCAUCAUGUGCUUAGAAGAGCACCUGUCUGGCAAGAUGCUGUUAUCACGGACCAAACUGGCAAGAACUUACCUUAAUGUAACUGAUGACGUGGAGUCGGGUUCAUAGGUAAUUCAAACAAGCUUUUGAUAUCGGGAAGACCCUUUAGGUUGAUUGCCCUUCUUUUUACAUUGUAAGUGGUCUCUUCCUGUGCUGUGUGCAUAUGUGGUAAGAUCACAGCACAACUAGCUUUUAUAAGGUGGUGAACAGCAAUCUUUUUGUUUCUCUCUUGAUUUAUACAAAGCACCUGAAGGAUCAGCUGCUGUGUGCCCUCAAAAUAACACUCCAGAGUGGAUUGGUGAUAACAGUUGAAACGUGAAGUGAGAUCAGUAUCUGAAGUCAGUCUUACUUUGGCUGGGUUAUGCCCAUCAACAGCCUUAAUGGUUCAUUAAGACUUCAGUUUCUGCCCAUGCUAAUUUGUGGUUCUGAAAUGAGCUAAUUUAUUAGAUAGAAGCCAAACAGUAUAUGCAUUUGAAGCUGUUCAGUAUAAUAUUUGGCCAUGGAUAAUCGCCUGAACUUGAAUAUUGUUAGCUACCUGAUCCAUCGGGCUGACCUUUUGCCUCCUUUUAUGCUAUAAGGAAGCUGUAGACAGUGGUGUGCCAUAACUGCAUCAUAGACUGCAUAAAUAGACCAGGUGGGUCGGGAUGGACUUCAGUUUAAAUAAGAAAACACAACAAAAUCAAGCAGUUGACAGAUUUUGGAUGAGUACCCUAAAAGUCUUGACAACUUGUUCAACUGCACUGCGCAAUGAUCUCCCUGAGGAAAUGGUGAGCAUCUCAUUAACUGAGUCAUUUAAAGCUAGAUUGGACAAAGCACUGGAAAAAGUGCUGCGGCAAUAGCAACUUCAGCUCAUGUGUUGGUACAUUUGCAGCUUCAAAGUACUAAAUAAACAUUAGCUCAUUGUCCUCGCAUGAAAGAGUGAGUAAGUAUUUAUUACAAUGACUUUAUUGUCUUUGUUUUACCAAAAAAAAACACAACCCACAGGAGGUGGGGCGGUGUAGCAAACCCCAUAAUUGUUUCAGGGCACAUAGAAAAUUGGUGCAAUACCAAAGCGACAGCCAAACAAUUCAUGUGGUCUGUUUACUAGAUUAACUGCCUGUUCAGAGGACCCCAAGGAAUAGUCUAUGAGAAGCUGACUUAUACUGAGAGAGACCAACAGCCUGGCUGGCCAAGAACUCUCUGCAACUGACUGCAGAUAGCUGCCCAAGAUUUUAACUAGUAGUCUUUCCUAGUGGGGGGCGCUAGCAGGACAGGGAAAGAAGAUUGAAAUUGUGACUCUGUCUCAAGCCUACUUCCUGAACAAGUGAAUAAAUUGAUACAUCUGUUCCUGAAAACUACUUUUUUAUUGACAAUGAGAAAAGAAUUAAUGGUCUGAUAUAAAUUGGCUGAAAAUUGGGUCACAAAAUUAUAUCUCCUCAUGUAACAUCUGCCUUAACCUAUAGCAUGAUCUGUUUUAUACUUGGGAGCAAAAUAAUACAGUGGUACCUUGGUUCUCAAAAUUAAUCUGUUCCAGAAAUCUGUUCCAAAACCAAAGUGUUCCAAAACCAAGGUGCGCUUUCCCAUAGAAAGUAUUGCAAAAUGGAUUAAUCCGUUCAAGACUUUUAAAAACAACCUCUAAAACAGCAAUUUAACAUGAAUUUUACUAUCUAACAAGAGCAUUGAGCCAUAAAAUGAAAACAAUAAAAAAUUUACUGCAGUCACACUAUCUAUCAGUAGCUGAACUGGAUUCCACACAAAAACAAAACAAAAAAAGAGCCACAAAAACACAAAACAAAUAGCAAAAACAGACAGACCUCAUCGUAACACUCAAAAUGGAAGUGUGGCACUCAAAUCGGAACCAUAACAUUCAAAAUGGAGCACGUUCGGCUUCUGAAAAAAGUUUGCAAACCGGAACACUUACUUCCGGGUUUGCAUUGUUUGGGUUCCAAGUUGUUUGAGUACCAAGGCAUUUGAGAACCAAGGUACCAUUGUAUGUUACAUAUCAAUAAGGACUGGCACUGCGGCUGGAUAUAGAUUCAGUCGUGUAGGUCCACGACUGUAGUGAUAAAGGCAUAGGAGGCAUAGGCAGAACUUGCAGAAGGGCUAGUAGGUGGGGCUUAGUCAUAUUCUGCACAUGCCCACCCAAACAAAAUGUCUUACCAGGCUAUGAAAAAUCCACAUUUAAAGGGUGAGCCACACCUGGCAAGUUGCCAGGUGUGACUCAGCAACCUUUUAAAACAAAAUGGAUUCGCAACACCCUGUUUGCUUUUCCAGCUUCCUGAAUGUGCACAAAGAGGCAAUUCUAAAAACACUUCUACGUGAAUCUGUAUUGCACCCUUCCAGGAAAAGGUGUGGCUGGUUGUAAGCAAUGACAGCUACAGCAGAACAGAAGGGAAUGUGGGAACUGAUGAACAAUUCCUGAAGUCUGCUCUAUAGUGAACCACUGGAGCUUGAGAUGGGACGGGCGUUUGUCCGUAGACAGCUUUUCAGAGUCAUGUGGCCAGCAUGACUAAACCGCUUCUGGUGCAACGUAACACCGUGACGGAAACCAGAGUGCACGGAAACGCCGUUUACCCUCCUGCCACAGCGGUACCUAUUUAUCUACUUGCACUGGCAUGCUUUUGAAGUGCCAGAUUGGCAGGCAGGGGCAGAGCAAGGUGGGUGCGGACCAUCCUGGUGUCAUCUCUGAGGGGGGUGACAUUUGGUGCGCCUUCCCUGAGUUGUUGGGGGAAGGGGGGAGCUGCGCCCUUCCCCCUUCAUUUUUGACAGGCCUGCGCUCCCGGGCUUGGGAGUCCAACUAGAUUUCGAUGGGGGUGGGGGGGAGGUAUGACAACAAAUUUUCUGCACCGGGUACCAUCUGACCUUACUACACCACUGUUGGCAGGAGCUGGGACAGAGCAACGGGAGCUCACCCUGUCUCGUGGAUUCAAACCGCCGACUUUCUGAUCGGCAAGCCCAAGAGGCUCAGUGGUUUAGACCACAACGCCACCCGCAUCCCUACAUGACAAUGGUACACAGUGCUUUCUGGUACAAUAUAUUACUACCACCACCUUCUGAAAACAACCAACAUGCCCUAGGUAUUUGGCAAGCAUAAUCACUGGAAGCUAAAUUUUCAAAUGCAGUUGGGAAUAUGGAUGAAUAGGCAUGGAAAGGAUGCUUUAAAAGGCAAUAUACUCUUGAGUCUUUUUAAAUGCUCCAGAUAGCCUUCAGGAAUGUUUCAGGUGCUUCCUUGUCAUAGGAAAGGUCUGCGAGAUUUAACACUUGGUGCUGCUGCCUCUGACUGGUUUUGCCUCCUUCUCUCAACUGCAUAUAAUGGCAAAAGUAAGGGAAGCUUUAGCAUCCAAAGCAUCUAUUUUCAGUUCUUCAAGCCACUUGCAACUUAAUAAAUCCCACUAGUUGCAUUGGGAUUUGCAAGUAAUUUCAGAAAUAGAGCUUUAUUUGUGUAGCAUUUUCCUUCUGCCUCUGCUGCUUCUAAUGACAAGUAUAAGGUAUAUUAGUAUAAGAGACACUCUUUUUCAACAUAUUUUUAGUUUAUAGAAGUCCUCGACUUGCAAGAAGAUAGACACAGAAAAAAAUUAUAGUCAGUAGUGCUACCCAAUUCAAGCUGUGUUUGCUUACAAACAUUGCAUUCUGCCCUUUUAAGUUCCAAGCUAUUUCCCGGAAAACUUUUUUUUAAAACCCCCCCCAAAACAUUAAUUUGUAUUUGUGUGGUUGCUAUGGAAUUUGGGUGAACUGUAUGCAGAUGCAGAUUGUGUUAAUAAGAAAUAAAAAAGAACUGUGUACUCUAGU